CAGUUCUCGCGAGACUGGAGACCAGGAAGACGCCUGCAGAGCCGGGCUGCUGGUGCAGCAGAGGCUGAGGCAUCAGGUGCAGCUGCAUCCGGAUCUCCUUCCUUGGAGCCUACUCCUUGUCUCUAAGUCGGGAGGCAGGACGUGGUCAGGCCGGGGCUGUGGAGGUGCGCUGUGUCCCCUGAGGCCUAGAGGAUUCGGGCUGCGGCCUGUCGGAACCAGUCAGGGAGGCGCCCACACUCCUGACAGGAUAAGAUGGCGGCGAUGGCGCCUGGAGGUAGUGGCAGUGGUGGCGGCGUGAAUCCAUUUCUCAGCGAUUCGGAUGAGGACGAUGACGAGGUAGCUGCAACAGAGGAACGGCGGGCAGUACUUCGGCUGGGUGCCGGAAGUGGCCUAGAUCCUGGCUCUGCGGGCUCGCUGUCGCCACAGGAUCCCGUGGCCUUAGGAAGCAGUGCGCGGCCAGGGCUCCCUGGGGAGGCGUCGGCGGCUGCAGUGGCCCUGGGGGGCACCGGGGAGACCCCGGCCCGAUUGUCAAUUGAUGCGAUCGCUGCUCAGCUGUUGCGCGAUCAAUACUUGCUGACCGCCCUGGAGCUGCAUACCGAGCUGUUAGAGAGUGGCCGGGAGCUGCCUCGGCUUCGCGACUACUUCUCCAAUCCAGGCAACUUCGAGAGGCAAAGUGGAACCCCGCCGGGGAUGGGGGCGCCAGGGGUCCCUGGAGCAGCCGGCGUUGGGGGCGCUGGAGGUCGGGAACCGAGUACAGCGUCGGGCGGGGGACAGCUCAAUCGAGCUGGGAGCAUUAGCACCCUUGAUUCCUUAGACUUUGCAAGAUAUUCAGAUGAUGGUAACAGGGAAACAGAUGAAAAAGUGGCAGUCCUGGAGUUUGAACUACGGAAAGCCAAGGAGACCAUUCAGGCCCUCCGAGCCAACCUGACAAAGGCCGCAGAACAUGAAGUUCCUUUACAGGAACGAAAAAAUUACAAAUCAAGUCCUGAAAUUCAGGAGCCAAUCAAACCUCUUGAAAAGAGAGCUCUAAACUUCUUAGUCAAUGAAUUUUUAUUGAAGAAUAACUAUAAGCUUACAUCAAUAACCUUUUCAGAUGAAAACGAUGAUCAGGAUUUUGAAUUAUGGGAUGAUGUAGGAUUAAACAUUCCAAAACCUCCAGACUUAUUGCAACUCUACCGGGAUUUUGGAAAUCAUCAAGUAACUGGAAAAGAUCUUGUAGAUGUGGCCAGUGGAGUAGAAGAAGAUGAAUUAGAGGCCCUUACACCAAUUAUAAGCAACCUUCCUCCAACUCUUGAAACUCCCCAGCCUGCAGAGAACUCCAUGUUAGUACAGAAAUUAGAAGAUAAAAUUAGUUUGUUAAAUAGUGAGAAAUGGUCAUUGAUGGAGCAAAUCAGAAGACUUAAAAGUGAAAUGGACUUCCUCAAAAAUGAACACUUUGCCAUCCCAGCAGUUUGUGACUCUGUUCAGCCUCCUUUGGAUCAGUUGCCCCACAAAGACUCUGAGGACAGUGGACAGCAUCCAGAUGUAAAUAGUUCAGACAAGGGAAAAAACACAGACAUCCGUCUUUCAAUAUCAGAUGAAGCUGAUUCCACUAUUCCUAAAGAGAAUUCCCCAAAUUCAUUCCCCAGGAGAGAAAGAGAAGGAAUGCCACCUUCUUCUCUAUCAAGUAAAAACACAGUUCAUUUUGAUAAACCUAAUAGGAAAUUGUCUCCUGCAUUCCAUCAAGCACUACUCUCUUUUUGUCGAAUGUCAGCAGAUAGUCGUUUAGGAUACGAGGUGUCUCGUAUUGCAGACAGUGAAAAAAGCGUUAUGUUAAUGCUGGGACGCUGCCUGCCACACAUUGUUCCCAAUGUGCUGUUGGCAAAGAGAGAGGAGUUGAUCCCCCUCAUAUUGUGUACAGCAUGUCUACAUCCUGAGCCUAAAGAGCGAGAUCAGCUUCUCCACAUACUUUUCAAUUUGAUCAAGAGGCCAGAUGAUGAGCAAAGGCAAAUGAUACUGACAGGUUGUGUGGCAUUUGCGCGUCAUGUUGGACCAACACGUGUAGAAGCUGAACUUUUACCACAGUGUUGGGAACAGAUUAAUCACAAAUACCCAGAAAGACGACUGCUUGUGGCAGAAUCCUGUGGAGCACUGGCACCUUACCUUCCUAAAGAAAUCCGUAGCUCCUUGGUUCUUUCAAUGUUGCAACAAAUGUUAAUGGAAGACAAGGCAGAUUUGGUAAGAGAAGCUGUUAUCAAAAGCCUUGGUAUCAUUAUGGGAUACAUUGAUGAUCCAGACAAAUAUCAUCAGGGUUUUGAAUUGUUGCUGUCAGCCUUGGGUGAUCCCUCAGAAAGAGUAGUUAGUGCUACACAUCAAGUAUUUUUACCAGCUUAUGCUGCAUGGACUACAGAACUUGGAAAUUUACAGUCUCAUCUUAUACUUACACUACUGAACAAGAUUGAAAAACUUCUCAGGGAAGGAGAACAUGGACUGGAUGAACACAAACUCCACAUGUAUCUUUCUGCCUUGCAGUCCUUGAUCCCAUCUCUCUUUGCAUUAGUGCUACAGAAUGCACCUUUCUCCAGCAAAGCCAAGCUUCAUGGUGAAGUGCCACAGAUAGAAGUGACUAGGUUUCCUCGGCCUAUGUCGCCUCUUCAAGAUGUGUCCACUAUUAUCGGAAGUCGUGAGCAAUUGGCAGUGCUGCUACAACUUUAUGACUACCAGCUAGAACAGGAGGGUACAACAGGCUGGGAGAGUUUACUGUGGGUUGUCAAUCAAUUGUUGCCACAACUUAUAGAAAUAGUUGGCAAAAUUAAUGUUACUUCAACUGCCUGUGUCCAUGAAUUCUCCAGAUUUUUCUGGCGCCUUUGCCGGACAUUUGGCAAAAUUUUUACAAACACUAAGGUAAAACCUCAGUUCCAGGAGAUUUUAAGACUAUCUGAAGAAAACAUUGAUUCCUCAGCAGGAAAUGGGGUCCUCACUAAAGCUACAGUCCCCAUUUAUGCAACAGGAGUCCUUACAUGUUACAUUCAGAUAAAGGAGUAUUUGCAUAUACAUAAUGAGAUAUCUUGGGAAUGGGACCCAAGUCUAAACACAAAAUGUGUUUCAUAUACACAUUAUACACAUAGCCUGAAGGAAGAAGACCGAAAACUGUUAGUUGGAUUCUUAGAAGAUGUAAUGACGCUGCUUUCAUUAUCUCAUGCUCCUCUUGAUAGCCUGAAGGCUUCUUUUGUGGAAUUGGGUGCAAACCCAGCCUACCAUGAGUUACUAUUAACUGUUUUGUGGUAUGGUGUUGUCCAUACUUCAGCACUUGUGAGGUGUACUGCUGCUAGAAUGUUUGAGCUGUUGGUGAAGGGGGUGAAUGAAACUCUGGUAGCUCAGAGGGUUGUUCCUGCUCUCAUUACUCUCUCCAGUGACCCUGAAAUCUCUGUCAGGAUUGCCACAAUUCCAGCCUUUGGCACUAUUAUGGAAACAGUAAUUCAAAGAGAGUUGCUGGAAAGAGUGAAAAUGCAGUUGGCUUCUUUCCUGGAAGAUCCUCAGUAUCAAGACCAACAUUCUUUGCAUACAGAGAUCAUAAAAACAUUUGGUAGAGUUGGCCCUAAUGCAGAACCCAGGUUCCGAGAUGAGUUUGUUAUACCACAUUUGCAUAAGUUAGCCUUGGUGAACAACUUACAGACUGUGGAUUCUAAAAGACUGGACAUUGCUACGCAUCUUUUUGAAGCCUACAGUGCACUUUCCUGUUGUUUCAUUUCAGAGGAUUUAAUGGUUAAUCACUUUUUACCUGGUCUCAGAUGUUUACGGACUGACAUGGAACAUCUCUCUCCAGAGCAUGAGGUUAUUUUAAGUUCCAUGAUAAAAGAAUGUGAACAAAAAGUUGAAAACAAGACCGUCCAAGAGCCUCAAGGCUCAAUGUCAAUUGCUGCAAGCUUAGUGAGUGAAGAUACAAAGACCAAGUUUUUGAACAAAAUGGGCCAGUUGACAACAUCAGGUGCCAUGCUGGCCAAUGUAUUUCAGAGAAAGAAGUAGAAGCAGGAAAGAAGCCCCCAGUAAACACUAAGAUGGACCUCAAGCCGACUGGUUCCUUGUACUUGAAGUACUUGCCUUUUUUAUUUCCUCAGUUUUAUGUUCUUGCAUUAUAAUUUUAUCCUAACCUCCAAAGAUAUUUGCACUGCUUUUAAUUACUGCUGUAUAUUUGUUGAUUUUGGAGUUACAACUGUGGUGAUAGAAAAUUGAGUUGAUGGUCUGUACCAAGUCCCUUGUCUAUGUUCUUGUCUUUCAGAAUAAUUUUUAUAUAAAUAUAUAUAUAGUGAAGAAGUUUUUUUUAAUUUUUGGAUGGGAUAUUCGCAAAUAUCUGUAUUAUACACUAAGCUAUUACAAUGGUACUUAAAAUAAUGUAAAUUUGAAGUCAUUGUUAUAAAAUAAUAAAGUGGAGAUUACUUAAGUAUUUAAAUUAUGAAAGAAUAAUGCAGACUUUUUAUUGUUUCUUAACUGACUAGAAAGAGCCACCAGCAUUACUCUGUGCCUUUUGGACAUCAGUUUGUGUGUUCUGUAGGAAUUGUGUGCAUUCCAUUCACACAGUAUUUCUUUAGGAUGCUGUGAUGAUUUGAAUUACAAAUCCUACAGUAAAUAGCUAAAGACGAAACCUUCAUUUCAGAACUCUCAUGAAUAUUCUUUAAGUGCUAUUUAAACCUCCCCAGCACUUAGAUGCAUAUAAUGGACUUACCUGAGGAAAGACAGCACAUAGGCAUGGGGAGAGGUAACCAAGGUGAAUUUUACAGACUGGUGUAUAGUAGAUUUAAAUGCUCAAAAAUAAAUGUAACUGAGAAGAGUUAAUAAUUGUGAGAUUUUUCCCAAAUUGAGAUACAGAAGAAAAUAUAGUUUGAAUCUGAAAUUUAACACUUACUUAUGUAAAACAUUUUAUUUAAGAUAUUUUCUAAUGAUUUUAAUUUUAGAGAGUACCUUUUCAUUCUGUGUGUUACAGAGAAGUACUGAAAAGUUAAGGACACUUAGGGGCUACUUUUUUCCCUCUAAACUAAAAAAGACAUUGGCUAAAUUAUAACUAGUUAGUUAUCACCUCGUCCCUUAAAGUCAGUGACCUCCUGUGUUUGAUGUAUAUUACAUAGAGUCUUAAGUCAGUGUACAGUUCCACUGGAAUUUGACAGUUGUCUCUACAGUCAUGCAACUUGAAGUAGAAAAGAGUGCUGGACAUAGGAAGGGGGUGCUUGGUUUGAGGGGUUAAUGUGAGGCCUUUUUGAAAAAUGAAUAUUUUGAUAAAAAGAAUUCUUGUUUCAGCACAGUUGAUGCACAUAAGUGAUUCUCAUAUUUGUUGUAUAAACUGGUUUAAUACAUUUGGAACAUAGUUGGAUUACAUUCAUUUCCUGGGAAAGCUAGCUUACCAUACAUUCAAGUUUAUAAAACAAUUUGCCAUAGGCAAAGCCAUUUAAAAAGUUCAUUCUGAAAUUAUUUCAUUUACCUACAGUGAAAUAAUUGUGAACUAAGUAGUCUUUCUGAAAACUGUUGGGUUCUAGGCAUUCCUGAGAAAUUGAAAGUGGCUACCUUUCAUGUCAAAAAUGUUGAUCUAUUAUAAAUAAAAUGUUUUUGCAUA